UUUUGCGCAGAGCGGAGGUGCAUGAACACAUUCAGCGGUCUCAUUAUCUCUGCCGUGAAAACAUUGUUGUGUUCAUCUGUGUCGAGCGAAUUCUAACGUUACCGAUCGAUUUUAGUCAAUAAACGAACAAUGAGCAAUCAUCCGGUGACUAGCAGAUGAGCCAAAUCUGAUCGUCGCUGAGAGAAAGAGGCGAAAUUUCCGCUAUUUUGUCAGGAUGGCUAACUGCGGCGAGGUUAAUCUUUCUAUGGACUCCCUGACCACUGGCAAGAAGGUGAGUGGGGAGUCUGUGACGGAGGGAAGUCCAUCCUCUUCGUCUCCUUCGCUGCCCAUUCCGGAGUGUGCAAUCUGCCUGCAAUCCUGCGUCCACCCUGUACGCCUGCCAUGUGGCCAUAUUUUCUGCUUCCUGUGUGUGAAAGGAGCUUCCUGGCACAGCAAACGCUGCGCCCUAUGUAGAGGGGAGGUGCCCGAGGACUUCCUGGAGCGUCCCACUUUGCUCUCGCCCGAAGAGCUGAAGGCUUCGGCGACAGGUGGACGCGGUACAGGGACUGGUGGCCACGCGUGGUACUACGAGGGGCGUAACGGAUGGUGGCAGUACGACGAGCGGACUAGCCGAGAGCUAGAGGACGCCUUCAACAAGGGCAAGAAGAGCGCCGAGAUGCUGAUCGCUGGCUUCCUGUAUGUGGCCGACUUGGAGAACAUGGUGCAGUACAGGAGGAACGAACACGGCCGCAGGCGUAGGAUGAAGAGGGAUGUGGUGGACAUCCCUAAGAAAGGUGUGGCCGGAUUAAGACUCGAUCCAGAUCCCAACCCCAGUCCUGCAGCGGGAACAGCUCCUGCCGUUGCUGAUUUAAACGCAAGCAUUGACGGCGCCACAGCUGAGCGAGAGAGUUCAGCAGAUGGAGCGGACACUGGAGUCAGCGGAGGACGUCCUCAAGGCAUCUUUGCUUCUGCUCCCGUAAGGCCGCCAACUGUCUUGGGCGGUCACCUGACCAGCCCUGCUUCCUCCAGCGAUAUUCAGCUUGUACAGGCUCUCUCCCAUCUCAAUAUGAACGCCGCUGAGCAAGAACCAGAAGAGGAAGACGCAGACGACUCGGCCGCUCCGGACCAAUCGAGGUACGAAUCCGAGUCUGGUACGAGCGAGGAUGAAGAUGAACAGGCAGGGGACGAAGGUGAAGAUGAGCACACAGAAGGCUCCCAGGGUAGGCACAGACUGCAUCAGUUGGACAGACCGCCCCCUGGUGGUGGCCCUGCGCAUAGCAGCGAUCGCUCGGGGUGCCCCGACGGUCAGUGCACUGUUACAAAGGUCUGACCGCAGCACAUCUACAGAACUCCUACCCAACUCCCACAACCGCUGGGUAUUUCUAACCAAUCUCUGGAAUGCAAAAAAUGAAACAAGUAAACCAUUCAAAUCACUGAAAUAUGGUCUUGGAUAAGGUUAAAGGCUAGGGACGGAUGGUUUUAGUGUAAGAAUAGUGCUUGUCUCUUUCAGUCUGUACCAGGGCUGUAUUCUUUAAUGGAUAUUAAAGGCAAAACUACAAUAAAGAUUCGUUUAUGAUGCCUAGGAUACUGUAAAUUGGUCAAGCCAUUACACUUUCAUUUGCAUUCUUGUAAUAGAAAAUAAAAAUUCAGAGAAAAAAACUUUUAACAUUUAAAAAUAAAAUAAGAGGAUAAAAUAUUAAUUUGCACAAGCCUAUUUUGAACUUUAUGACCAUUGGUAUUUUUAUGUUUCCAUAACAGGUUUGCACAUUUCAUCCUAAAUUCUCAUUACUCGAAUGCAUUUGUUUUAUUAGCUAUUAAUCUCAAUGCUGAUUUUCACUCAUUUCUUAUUACUGUGAUACUGAGAUUUGUGUAAAAAUAGUAUUUAUUAUAUUUCAUUAAUGAGAAUUUAGUGGGGAAGUUUGCUUAAGUGUGCACAAUGCAAAGAAAUCUUGAUUUACAAUACGGACUUUUAAUACAGUAUUUUUUCUUCUUCUUUGAUUUUGAGGUGAAAUUUGACCCAAACAUGUUCUUGAACUUCCUGUUUUCCUGUCCUGAGAUUUCAUUACAUUUAGCAUGGCUCAACACCAUUAUGCGGUGGUUAUGGAGUCAUCACUAAUGAAGUUACUUUUCAUAAGAAUAUGCCAUAUCAGCUUUUACCCUGAGGCGUCUGCAGUGCCAUUGCUAAAAUAAAAAAAAUUACAUCUCUUGGUAGGAAUUCCAUAUACAUUGUGUCUUUACUAGUUUUAUUGUUUUGAUUAUCACGAUUAUGCUGUAGAUCAAAAUGCCUGACUAUAUUUUGCAAACAGUAUUUUCAUGGAAAUGUAAAACAUUUUGUAAUGCACCACCUAGUACAGAGCCUUCUAGAUCUUCAACAAGUGGUAAGAACGCUUCAGGUUGUUUUUGGUGAAAUGACGAGCAUUAGAUGCAAAACCAGCAUAAUUUCAAAUGCAAAACCUAACAAGAAAAUAAUUUAUUGUCGUUUUGCCAAGGAAUUCCUCUUUAACACGCUCUAGUCAUUAGAAAACCUUCAGGCAUCUUAAAUUUACUACUUCUAGUGUUUCAUGGUGUGAGGUUUAAAACACUUUAAUGGCGUGUGUGCGCAUUUGUGUUUAUUUUAAGCAACUUGUCUUUUAUUCUUCGGUCUCAUCUUGGUGUGCUUUAUCAGUUUCGUGGCUUUGCACGUGUUUCUGUGAAUAAGGAUGGAGCCCUGGACUACGGCGCUGUGAACUCUGGGAAAGGCGAGUUUUAUCAGAUAUUGCAGUUUGUAGUUUUAAAGUAGUCCUAAGACUGCAGCACACCGAGUGAGCGAGGGGUUUUCAAGCAUAGCUGUCCAAUUUGAAGUUAAAAUUUUAAGGUUAUUUUCAGUCCUGAUAAUUCUCAUUUCAGGUUCUUUGUUGUCAACAGAUUAAAAUUAAAAUAACUUCUUUUUGCUGUAUUUUUGUUUUAAAUGUGUUGUUUUGUUACCAGGUUUACCUGAGAAAUAAAGUGUCGUCUGUUACCUGUCUGA